UCCUUAUCUUUUAUUCAAUCAUCAUUCCAUCAUCAUUUCAUCAUCAAUUUAGUAGUGAAAUACGAGCAUCCACCUUCAAUGUGGUAUGCGACCGACCUGGACGUUCCCGUGUCUGGACAUUUUCUGCUUACCUUGGCAGAACGAAAAUGUCCAGCUUAAGUUCCCAGGAAAACGGCACAAUACAUUUUGUAUGUCGCUCCAGGUGCCUACUCUUUUUCUCAUAUGGAAAUAUCAAAAGGAUGCGAUGUCACACCUGUGGCUUAUCGCUAUAAAUAACGAAAUUGUGAAUAAAGAGAAUUCAAUUGCUUUUCAUAACUCGUAAUCGACUAAUUACUAGUUGCUCUUAGUUGGACCGGGUAAGACCGUACUCCGCUAAGAUACCAACUUGGUGAGAAAGUUUCCAUGCGAUUUUAUGAAGAGAAAUAGCCACUACAUGGCGACCGUGACAGCCUAAGUCCAAAUCUAAAUUGGACUUAGUUAAAAUCGUUUAGUGUUAAAAAGUACCUGGCUAUAAUUUGUGAAGUGUAUGUUAAAACAACACGAAAAUUAGUGAAAGUGACAAUUUGGACCGCAAGAAUUCCGUGAAUCGAAAAACAGACCAAUUUAUUGCAAAGAUGGGAAACCAAAAAUCUUCCCCGAGUGCUAAGAACAGUGGUGAUGGUGAUAACAUCAUCAUGAACACACAAGAAAUACAUACGGAAAUGCAUGACGCACAUGAACUAAAGCUGUGGAUUAUUCUGUGCUUAAUCAGUUUACAAGUGUUCUAUACUGCAUUCAAAGUUAUGCAAAAACAUAUUAGGCGCAAAACAAUGAAGAUGGCCAAAUCAACGACAAAUCUUGUUUGAAUGUGCAAGUGAAUAAGAAAAAUUAAAACAAUACUGAAGAACACAACCUAUUAAUGUAAAACGGGCUAGAAAAGUGUACACCAUGCGGAAAAGAAGAAUUAAGUACAAGCCUCUAAACAUCCAGACAGAAGAAACACCAAAAGUCAGUGAAUAUAGUGAGGUGCAAUAUUUUUCACCUGAUAGCAGAUACAUUAAAAUCAAAUCAUUGGUAGUGGAAGUGAGAACCACCACGUCUUAAGGGUCAUGACGGCCUCAGACUAUGCGACGAGUGUGUGUGGAAAAGCGAUUGCAUUCCAAUACGACUUUGUCGGGGUUCGACGGACUUUGUAUGGAUCGAACGUGCAGCUUAAGGUAUCACAGACUGUCUCAAGUAAUUGCCCAACGUACCUAGCAGGGUUAGCCGUGAAGAACGACCGAACGAUUUUUACGGACGGCAUGUUUUGGAUGUCUAGUCGUAAACAAGGCAAUGAGACUGAGUACACGAUUGAGGAUUUGGAAACCAUGCAAGCCAGAAAGUGCAUUUGGCCUAAACAAUACACGGCUGACAGAUGCAAACUGAUUUCCCUUGGCAUGUCACCCCAAUUCGGCUAAUUUCGGGGCCUGUCCCGGGAACACACGUGAAAGUGGAUCCGAAAUGUGAGGGACGAUCAUCGGCGAAUGUGGUUAGACCAGGCGAGCAAGCAAAUUGGUGCUGUAAGAACUGCUCACACCCCAUUCAUUUCCAGGUUGGACCGGCCCUAUACUAUCCAAUGGAGAUUCAGAAAGCUGGAUAGCAACCCAAAGGUGUCUAAAAUGAAGUUGACCGAGACUCCCCUCACGGAUGACCCUGAACCAAGCGUCGAAGAGAGGUUGAGGAUGUGGAGGACGGAGGCGCAUGCCUCGCAGCCGAGUGGAGCGGUUUUCCGCGGCCUCGCGGUGGAGGUGAGGAAGGGCUACCUCGAGGAUCACAUCGUGAACUUCCUAGGUUUAAUGCUGUGUCUCCAGGUGAUUUCAAACGCCCGGCCACGCCAACGGCCAUUGGCCUACUGGGUGUUAUCCUGGUUGGCUUUUGCUGUUUUUGGAUUGCCGUCGGUCUUCUCAUGCGUUGGCUUUGGUUCGUGGUUGGUUCUGUUGCACGCUUCAACGUCGUCGAUCCGCUUGUCCCAGAUGAUGAUUCCUCUGUGGAUGCUACUUCACGUAGGGCGUUGCUCGAUGUUCUUCCUAGGGUAUCUACUGGAACACAAACUGAGGGCAACUGGGAUCGGGUUCAACCCGAUCUUGAGCAACAUGUUAUCAAUCUGUGCCAUAGGAAUCGCAUGGACCUUGUCCAGGCAAUUGAAUCUGUUCUCGUAGUGCUUGGAGAUUGUGAACGUGGUUGUUGUCCUCGGGAUGGGACCACGGCUGUUCCAAAUACUGCCCGAAGUAACCGUCGCGUAUUGUGCGACAACUGGACUCAGUGUGACGGCGGUGAUGGGAAUCGGCUAUGCACUUAUAUUGGUCAUGAAAAAAUACAAGGCGAUCUUCAACGCGAGCGGUUGCAGUGGGACCGGAUUACGCAGCUACAGGGGCAACUCAAUGAUAGCAUUGUUGAUAUCUAUGAGUCUGUUCGCUAUUUGGGCAUCAGAGAAAGCCAAUUGCCAGGUGGCAGCAGCCGUGAUGUCUGUUGCCCUCGUUGUAACAGUGCUCGUUCUUAACAAUCGCAGUCAAGUCCUGAGGGUCUCGUCAUUGAGAGAAAUCCCGACGGACCCCUAAAUUUGCGUGGAAGACAUGGGGAAGAUGGAAUUGAAGUUGAUGGGAUUCACGACAUGGUGUCCAUUCCGGAAUUUUUGAUGCUAUGUUCACUGGGGGCCGUGUUGGUGACAAUACAUUGGAUCUUAAGUGUGUCAUUCUUCAUUGCUCUGUUCACUACUCCUCUAAAGCACUAUCUCGUGUUGAUGUUGAGAUCAAUGAGCGGACUAACUUAUCGGAGUGGAAACCCAUUGGGAUCCUGGGAGAACGCGUGUGUCCCUGACGUGCAAAAUCGAUUUUCCAGCAUGCCAGACGGAGUCUACCGAAUCAAGUCCAAAGGAGUUGCCAUUGAUCGUCAACGGGGUGUUUGAGUUGUAAGACGAGGAGUUUUUCACACCCUCUACCAUGUAACGCGUGGUGGUCUGGUGUACUGGCGAGGGCAGGCAGUUCAACCACACUCUGGUAGUGUGACUGAAGAUGUUAUCUCUUAUGGUGGACCGUGGAAUCUGCCAAAGCCUGAACUUGUCAACGAAAUUGACGUCCUGGCUUGUCUACCGGACGGCACUGUGGAAUAUCAUAAAUAUGAGCCCAGCACCAUCACCAUAGAUGGCACUCCCACAAUGUUCGUGACAAAAGAUUUUGGCUUCGGAUCUUCAGGAUCCCCCUUCUAUUUGGAGGGCGAGCCGGUCGGACUUUAUGGGUAUGGCUUUCAAUAUAAUGGAAAAUACCAUUCCAUAGUCACGACCUAUGAGCAAGAUCCGAGCCAGGUUCAUCUUCCAGGCAUUGAUCUAACGAGCACGGUACAAAGAACAUUCAUCGAUUGGCACCCUGGCAAGGGAAAGACACGGAAAUACAUUGUUGAAGAGACACUGAAAAACGUGGAGCUCAAGCGGCACACCCUCAUUUUGACCCCCACCCGAGUUGUUAUGGAGGAAGUAAGAAAGGCCUUCGGUGAAACGGAAUUCAAGAUAGGAACAAAUGUUGCCUACUGCAAGAACAAUGCUGUGACGAUCGCCUGCCAUGCAACGUUUAUGGAUUUUGUUAAGAGUAGAGGUGUUGGCCAAAUUAAGGUCCACACCAUCAUGAUGGACGAAUGCCACUUUUUGGACCCGAUGUCAAUAGCGGCCCGGGGAGUGAUGGAUUACUUAAAUAUACCAUCCAAUGCUGGGAUAAAUGUUGUCUAUCUCUCCGCGACGCCACCCGGACAGGCUCCAUCAGUUGGCUCGAAUUAUACGAUUCGGGAGUACGCGGCCCCUAGCACUCGAAAACUCAGUUCUGAGUGGUUUGAGAGCAUUGUCCGACAGCAUGGAGCUGGAAAGACGAUAGCGUUCGUCCCAUCCCAGGACCAGUCGGAACGGUUUGCGGACUCAUCCGCGGGAGCCGUUUCUCUGCAUCGGGACAAUUUUGAAGAGAAUUAUGCGAAGGCCCUUGACCCUGAGACAAAAAUCAUCUAUUCGACGGAAAUUUCUGAGAUGGGAGCCAAUUACAACGUUGACCUCGUGAUUGACUUGAGAACAGCUGUGAAACCAGUCAUACAAAGUGAGGAUGAGGUCAUCUUGCGAAAGCAGCCCAUCACAACAUCAUCUAUGGUGCAGCGACGAGGGCGAACUGGGCAAAAUGCCCCAGGUACAUAUGUUUAUCCAGUUGACGCUGCUACCAAGGAGGAUCCAUAUGACUGGGUUUGUUGGCUGGAAGCACAAAUGGUGUUAGACCAGCUAAGCAGGAUGUGGAGGACGGAGGCGCAUGCCUCGCAGCCGAGUGGAGCGGUUUUCCGCGGCCUCGCGGUGGAGGUGAGGAAGGGCUACCUCGAGGAUCACAUCGUGAACUUCCUAGGUUUAAUGCUGUGUCUCCAGGUGAUUUCAAACGCCCGGCCACGCUAACGGCCAUUGGCCUACUGGGUGUUAUCCUGGUUGGCUUUUGCUGUUUUUGGAUUGCCGUCGGUCUUCUCAUGCGUUGGCUUUGGUUCGGACUAACUUUUCGGAGUGGAAACCCAUUGGGAUCCUGGGAGAACGCGUGUGUCCCUGACGUGCAAAAUCGAUUUUCCAGCAUGCCAGACGGAGUCUACCGAAUCAAGUCCAAAGGAGUUGCCAUUGAUCGUCAACGGGGUGUUGGGGUUGUAAGACGAGGAGUUUUUCACACCCUCUACCAUGUAACGCGUGGUGGUCUUGUGUACUGGCGAGGGCAGGCAGUUCAACCACACUCUGGUAGUGUGACUGAAGAUGUCAUCUCUUAUGGUGGACCGUGGAAUCUGCCAAAGCCUGAACUUGUCAACGAAAUUGACGUCCUGGCUUGUCUACCGGACGGCACUGUGGAAUAUCAUAAAUAUGAGCCCAGCACCAUCACCAUAGAUGGCACUCCCACAAUGUUCGUGACAAAAGAUUUUGGCUUCGGAUCUUCAGGAUCUCCCUUCUAUUUGGAGGGCGAGCCGGUCGGACUUUAUGGGUAUGGCUUUCAAUAUAAUGGAAAAUACCAUUCCAUAGUCACGACCUAUGAGCAAGAUCCGAACCAGGUUCAUCUUCCAGGCAUUGAUCUAACGAGCACGGCACAAAGAACAUUCAUCGAUUGGCACCCUGGCAAGGGAAAGACACGGAAAUACAUUGUUGAAGAGACACUGAAAAACGUGGAGCUCAAGCGGCGCACCCUUAUUUUGACCCCCACCCGAGUUGUUAUGGAGGAAGUAAGAAAGGCCUUCGGUGAAACGGA